ACUGAAAUCAAGGCGACGAAGACUGGUCACCGCAUGAUAUGCAGAGCCCCCUCAUACGGCGAGUCUAUGCCAUGUUAAAUUUGUGUACAUAGCGCCCUCUUUCAACUUUGUGAACAAGAUCGGUUGUGCCAUUCGAGGACGUCCGCUGAAACCAUGUCUGACGCGGAAGGAGAUGGACCAACCCCAGCCCCGGCUGCUGCUGCCGUCGGUGGCGGACCCAUGGACGUGAUCACUGCCUUACAAGAAGUCUUGAAGACGUCCCUCAUCCAUGACGGCCUGGCAAGAGGUCUCCAUGAAGCCGCCAAGGCUCUGGACAAACGUCAAGCCCAUCUGUGUGUCUUAGCAAACAACUGUGACGAGGCCAUGUACAAGAAGCUUGUUGAGGCUCUCUGCGCUGAACACUCCAUCAACCUGUACAAGGUUGACGACAACAAGAAGCUGGGCGAGUGGUCCGGACUCUGCAAGAUUGACAAGGAAGGCAAAGCCAGAAAGGUGGUCGCAUGCAGCUGUGUUGUGGUUAAGGAUUAUGGCAAAGAGUCUGCAGCAGUUGAUGUCUUGAACGACUACUUCAAGGGACGCUAAUAAAAAUAUUGAACCCCACCGGAAAACCCCUACUACAGAAUGAUCUACCAUCUUGGGAAUCAUGACGCAGUGUACUAACUGUUCACAUUAUACCUGAAGAAAAUUACAACCGGAAAUGUAAACACCAGUGUUCACGUCCAUGGGGAAAACAAAUAAAAUGUAAAAAGCAAAAAAAAA